UGUAAAAUUGUAAUAAGAAGAAAAAUAAUCUUCCACAAAAUUAAAUAAAUCAUUAAUGUUAAGUGUGCGCUACAAAUUUACUUAAACUCUAAUUUGUAGUUGCCAACCCGUCGACGUCGAUCACCACCCAAAUCUGGUAACAGUUUACUUUGUGGUUGGGCGUUUACUGAGCGUCCAUUCGGCGUCGAACGGGGAAAUGGAUUUUAAAAUGCAUGAAUAUACUCACGCUGUGGUUGGUAAAAUGUUACCAGAACUCCGCGUUACGGACAAAGCUGAUCUCAACGAUGCUAGGCGUCAGUACGACAAUUAUUUGCGAUUGCUGAAAGAGCUAAACCUUGAACUAAUAGAUAUAGAAACCGAUGCAUUUUUUCCUGAAAAUAUUGUGUUUGAAGACUUGGCGAUCGUGUGUCAUGGCAUCGUCUUAUUCCCGCGGCCAAUAUCGGCUACCGAGGAAAUUAUUAUGGAUGCACUUAAAGAAGUUAUGCAGAAGAACCUUGGACAAACUAUAAUGGAUGUCACAGAUCCUGAAGCAAAACUCGCUGGUUCAGAUGUGCUGUUUACAGGGCGCGAGUUCUUUGUGGGAAUUUCGGAGACUAGCAAUGAAGCUGGGGCCAGUGCAGUUGCAGAGGCUUUCCCCGAGUUCCCCUGCACACCCAUUAAGGUUGCUAAAGGUGUAAGGCACUUGAAGAGAUACAUAAGCAUGGCGGGCCCUGAUAUACUCUGUGUGUCUGCAAGCAACGAGGCAAAGGAAAUGCUAAAGAGGAUUGAGAAUGGAGCAACAUUCACAUAUCAGACUCUCACUGUGCCAGAAAAUGGUGCUGCUAACUGCUUGUAUGUCAAUGGUACGCUCAUACAUCGCGCCAUUGAAGAAAUUCCGCAGUCUUUUAAGGUAUUCUGCGAGAAAAUAGACUUUGCGAGGCGAUCUAUUUGUUUCACCGCACUCGCCAGGGUUUCCACCGGAUUGACUGCGUGCUGCCUCCUGGUAAGGAAAGCUUAAACAAAGAUUAUAUGUCAUUGAAUGUCAUAUUUGUCAUAUUUUUUCGUCGUGAUGCGAUACUGGGCAAUGUCAAAACUUUUUUAUGAUACAAUAUAGCUAUUAUCUACUGUAACUACCUUUCUCCCGUGUACCUAUCGAUAAUUCGCCUAUGUUGUUCUCCGGCUCCUCCAUUAAAUUGAUUAGCGCAACACAAAUAAUAAUAAAAUUUGAUCACGUAGGAAAAAAAAUAUUUUUUGUCGUGAACAUAACAUUUGCUGGCUGGUGUAGUGACUGCUGGACUCAGACUAUUGUUUGUGUUCAGUUAUUUACACUUAAAUCAUUACCUGCCCUUAAGUUUUUUUAUUACCCGUGUUGUAGUUUUGAGUUUCCGUUUCAUAUCAUUUAUCUUUUUAAUUCCAUUUAUGUAAGCCAAUUGGCGGGAGGGAGCUUUACGAUCAUGAUUAAUUCAGCAAUAUGUUGAUCAAAAAAUACAGAGUCGAUUUCGAUUUAGUGGGUGCUGGGGAAGUUUAUUCCAUUGUGGUUUUAUUUUUUGUUAAUUUGUUUAAUGUUAUGUCAGAAUGUUAUUAUUAAUUUUUUUCUAACGGUUGUGAUAUUGACUUAAUGUGUAAGCGCAAAACUUU